CCUUCAUCCUGUCCAUCUCUUGAUGGAAAACGUCGUGGAGCCUUUUGGACCGGGAUCCUGUUCAGAACCCUGCAGAACUGAGUGCUGAAGGAGUCCAGCAGGAACCUGCUGAGGGGAAAUAUUUCAACAUGAUGGAAGGAAACAGAAAGGAAUUGUAAAGUUCAGGAAACAAAAUUUAAUUGUUCUUUAUUGUGAAUGUAAGAGAAAAUAGUUAUUAUUGGAAAAUUAAAAAAGGUAAGAAUAGAAGAAGAAAUGAAAACACAAAUUAAAGAAAUAGUCAAGCACAGAGUUUUCAUGGAAGCAGCAGUAACCUGAGACAUGAGGAGGACCACAGGCACAAACUGGCACAAACUGGCACAAACUGGCACAAACUGGCACAAAGCAGCAAAGACCAAUUAUUUACUUUGUUAUUUUUCAUUUGUUGGUUAAAUAUUUUUAGGCGGAUCCUGUCCUACACACUCCGCUACAGCAGGCGGCGGUGUGCACCUCAAGGCGCCAUUCUGCUCCUCCAUUAAACACAAAGAAGCUGCCCAAGACGAAGAAGAUGGAGAAGAAGGAGCGCCGUCCUCCGUGUUUUCUCGGGUUUCUGUCCACGGAGCAGCAGCGGGAGAGUUAAUAAAGCUGUAAGACAGAAACAGCAGCAGUUGGUGAACUCUGGAAAGAAGAGAAACGGUUUGAGGCUCAGCUGGAACUGCUCAGUAACUGUUAAAGGAAAGUUUGGAGAGAGAAAAGCUAGCAGAGAUGUGGAGGCAGCAGGUCAGACAGCGACUGGAUGCAGCAGAGGAGCAGGACGUGGAUUAUAAUCCCCUGGACCGGCUGCACAGAUUAGUGUUCCCUGAAGAUGUUCAGAAACUGCUGGUUAAAGAAGAACAGAGUCCUGACCUGGACCCAGAGGACCCAGAGGACCCAGAGGACCCGGAGGACCCGGAGGACCCGGAGGACCAGGAAGACCAGGAGGACCCGGGGGACCCGCUGCCCAUCCACAUAAAGGAGGAGGAGGAGGAGCGCUGGAUCGGUCCGGAGGACAACGCCAGCAGGUUUCCAGUCAUCAAAGUUAUCGUUAAGAGUGAGGAUGAGGAAGAUGAUCCUCUGUUGUCACGGCUUCAUGAAGACCAGAUGGAGAACGGAGACGUUCCCAGCAGCAGCUCAGCGGAGCAGAUGAAAGCAGAGACGGAUGCAGAGGAUGGCAGAGGAGCAGAACCCAGCAGGAUUCAUGCCGACUCCUCCAACUCUUCAGAGACUGAGGUCAGCGAUGAAGAGGAUGAUGGUGUGGCGCAUCCUGACUCCCAGCUGAACCUCAUGAGCAAAGAGUGGAAGGAGAGCGGCGCUCCAGAGUCCCGGAGUGGAAGCGCCGUGACAGUGAAGUGUUUCAUAUGUGAUGACUGUGGGAAAACCUUUAAAAAGAAACAUUACCUCAACGAGCACAUCAGGAGCCACACGGGGGAGAGACCGUUUGGCUGUCCCGUCUGCGGACAGAGGUUCAGUCUGAAGAAAUGUCUGAACGUUCACGUGAGGAACCACUCUGGGGAGAAACCGUUCUGUUGUGACGUCUGCGGACAGAGGUUCAGCCUGAAGAGAACGCUGAACGAUCACCAGAGAAUCCACACGGGGGAGAAACCGUUCAGUUGUGAUGUUUGUGGGCAGAGUUUCAGCCUGAAGAAGACUUUAAAUGACCACCAGAGAAUCCACACGGGGCAGAAACCGUUCAGCUGCGACGUCUGCGGGCAGACCUUCAGCCUGAAGACCACUUUAAACAGACACAUCCAGAUCCACACCGGACAGAAAGCGUUUCGCUGUGACCUCUGUGGACAAAGGUUCAGACAGAAAUCCACUUUGAACCGACACAUGACGAUCCACACAGGACAGGAGACCUAUCCCUGUGAGGUCUGUGAACAGAAAUUUGAGCGAAAGACUCAUCUAAACAUUCACAUGAGAGUCCAUGCAGGACAGCAGGCGUUCUGCUGCGACGUCUGUGGACAGAGGUUUGACCGCAAGUCCAACCUGAACAUCCACCAGAGGAUCCACACCGGGCAGAAACCGUACUGCUGCGGCUUCUGUGGCCAAAGGUUUGGCAGGAAGUCCAAUUUGAACCGACACAUGAGGAUCCACACAGGGGAGAAAUCCUUCUGCUGUGAGUUCUGCGAACAAAGGUUCAGCCUGAAGACGAGCUUAAACGACCACCUGAGGAUCCACACGGGAGAGAAACCUUUCUUCUGUGACAUCUGUGGUCAGAGAUUCCGACAAAAGUCGACUUUAAAUAUUCACAUGAAGAUCCACACCAGGCAGAAGUAAAGUUCUGCUUGUGAGGAAUCAGCUGGCUGACGGACGGAGCUGCUCACAGCCAGAGGUGGUUCUGGUGUGGGAACGGUCCGUCCUCCAGGUCCGGCAUCCUGCGGGCUCCUGGUUUCUCACAGCUGAAUCAAGUGAUGGUUCAUCAGCAGAACCUCAGAGGAAGUUGAACCGUUUCAGCAGAAACAUGUAAAACACGCUGGACACCCUGCAGUCCUACAACACAUGAUUCUUUAUUAUCAGAGGAAUAUUUCUAGCUAUAAAUUCUGAUAUUAUCGUCUAGCUGCUGUUGAGAGCCAUGGUGGGUGAAGACGUUCCCACAGAGUUUGUGGGAACUUCAUGUCCUUUGAUUUCAACAUGUCUUCAUUUCUAAAACCCUCUGGAGUUUCAACCGUCGGGUUUCUCUGCAGAACAUGCAGAGAAAACAUUUUUUCACUAAAAACUUAAACUAUGAAUGUGAUGAUGAUGUUUGUAAGUUUUUUAUCUUUGCUCAUGAAUGAAUCUCUGGUGCAUGAAAUGGUUUUGCUAAAGUCUUAGUUUAGGAAAAGUUAAAGAAUAUAUGAGAAAUGAUGUCAAGGAAAACUAACCGUCCAGACAGAAAGUUAAUAAUUACGUUUGUCCUCAUUCUGUUUUCUGAAGACAAUAACAAAGGAGCUGAAAUAUUCUGAGGGAAUAAAUCUGUUCUGUAAAGGA